AUGGGCAAAGAAGUUAGAAAAAGGGUGAUUGAAGCCGCAGAAGCCGUUGGGGAAAUAGAAAGAAUGAGAGGAGCGAAUUGUCAGUUGCAGACGAAGAUCAACAAUCGAUCUAUCACAAUUUUCUAUCACUCUCGUUUUGCACCAUUGCCCAAACUCCAGCAUCAGCAAAUUCGCCUCGGAACGCCGUCCCUAUCAUCUAUUUGUUGGAAUGUUGAAGAUGAUGUGGUGGAAUCCAAACUAGCUGAAAUAUCUUCCAGCAUAAUACAGCUUGCAGUGUCCGCUACAACUUCACGGCUGGCUAUUCUCUUCUUCGAGAUGAGAAUUCUGGAAGUUAGGUUUACCAAGCUGGGCGGAAAAGACAACGAAAAAUUUAAAGCUCAUAUAGAUACGCUUGAGGGGGAAAGAAAAUGCAAAACAAUAUGUGAAUUGGAUGUUGGAGAAUUUAGAAAGCGGGCUAUUGAAGCGGUUAGAAAAGCAAUAAACACGACACGUCACUGCAAGAUGCCUUUAAAGAAAAAGAAGGUCACCACGUUUGAGAGAAAGAUGACUUAG